UCAUAGACGCCUUGGUUGCGCAGACUGUCGUUUCUAAGUCGUCAUUGCACAAUACGAAAGUGGAUUAUCUGGUGGGAUGUUUUAGAAACAAUAUCUUCACUUUGAAACAGAAUUUUGGUCGCAAUUUUCAUCAAGCACUUGAUAGCAUAACUUUUUUUUAUAUAACCAGUACUGAACACCUAUACAAUGUGGUAACUUAAAACUUUCGAAAGUGUAGUAGUAAUUUUCAUAAUUCAGAAGUGACUAGUCAGUUUUGUAUGAGUCAACGUAUGAAUGUUUCUGGAAAUAUUACAGGGCGGUAUAAAUUAGAGUGAAAUUCUGGUGAAGCAAUUAAUUCACGAAGAGGUGGCUUUGCGCACAGUGGAAUUUGUGGUGAUAUAAAUUUAAUAUGGAAUUUCCAGACUUAGGAAAACAUUGUUCAGAUCCAACCUGUAAACAACUAGAUUACCUGCCACUGAAAUGUGAAGCCUGUGAAAAUAUUUUCUGCCGGGAACACGUCAGUUACAAGAGUCACGCCUGUCCCUCGGCAUACAAGAAGGAUGUCCAGGUCCCUGUGUGCCCUCUGUGCAAUACACCAAUCCCUGUGAAGCGUGGGGUACAGCCUGACAUUGCUGUGGGUGCCCAUAUCGACAGCGACUGCAUGUCAGAUCCUGCCAAGAAUAGAAGAAAGGUGUUCACAAAUAAAUGUUCUGGAAAGAACUGUCAUGUAAAGGAAAUAGUGCCGGUCAUGUGUAGCGAGUGUAAAUUGAACUUUUGCCUCAAACAUCGCCAUCCGGCAGACCAUCAGUGUGAGGGUGCGGCAGGGACAGCAAGGAUGAGGGCACUAGAAGCCGCAGUGGCCCGACAAGCAAAUCUUCAUGCGGUUGAUGCAUCUUUAAGCAGUCACAGUCCAAAACCAAUCAAAAGCGAACCCACAGAACCUGAGACUUCAGCAGCUGGCAUCCAGGGAGGAUUGGCCAUCUCGGAGGCAUUCAAAAUGGCCACAGAUCCAGACCUUGAAUGGACCGCAACAAUCCUGGACGUGAAGCCACAGGUCAUCCUUCACGACCGUCUCAUGACGGACGCAGCGCUGGGCACAGCUCCCAUCAAGUCGGAACACUCAUACAGCCUCACUUCUGAUGGCGACUCCAUUCCGGACUCGCCGCUCAGUCUCGACAACAAGAUGGACGUUGCAGAUAUGGAGAACGAAUGUUUUCCUUGCAUCCCACUUGUUGCUGCAAGAUCCAGAGAAUCAGAUUCCCCAAUUGUAGUAAAGGAAGAACCAAUGAGUGAGCCAGGAUCUCCAGAUUCAUGUCCAAUGUCACCAACUUCACCACAGUCUCUCAUACACACUGAUGCCAAGUAUGAUCCGCACAAGACUGCAAGCCAACAACAGAGUGUACUGAAGCAGCCAACAAUUUUGCUUACAACACGGAGCAACCUCUUCAGUCAGCAAAACAGAGUUGUCAUACCAAAGCUAAACAUCAAACUGGAAACAAACAGAACAGCAGGAUUCCCACUUCCUCCGACACCACCCUCGUCAACGGCAAGUGACAGUGAAGGCAAUGUUUCUCCAGACCACAACCCUUCAUCACCAAGUAGACAUAUGCGACAGCAGCAGCAGCAGCAUCAGCACAAUGGUACAACACGGCUGUUAGUAUCCAGCAACACUUCAACACCAGCAGCAUCAAACCGACAGCCGAUACAGACACCUCUUAUUAGCAAUCAACCAAAGGGGUCAACAGGGAUGCUGUUGCUCACUGAAGAAGAAAAGAGAACACUGCUUGCAGAGGGUUACCCCAUCCCUACAAGAUUGCCUCUCACAAAAGCUGAAGAAAAAUCACUAAAGAAAAUCAGGAGAAAAAUAAAAAAUAAAAUUUCAGCUCAGGAGAGCAGAAGGAAGAAAAAAGAGUAUAUGGAUGCACUGGAGAGGAAAGUUGAAGUGUUGACAGGUGAAAACACUGACUACAAAAAGAAGAUUGAGAGCUUGGAGGAAAACAAUGCAUCCCUAUUGAGUCAACUACAGAAACUUCAAGCCCUUGUAGCACGGAGUUCUACUGCCAGUACAACAGGCACAAGCACCCGUGUUGUCAGGCACACAGAUACCACGACUUUCACCUCAUCUCACAUGAACCAGCAGCACAUCACCCGGAGUUCAAUAAAAUAGAUCAUCACUUCUUGAGAAUCAUUCAGGCGAUUACCUCUGUAAAUAUGGGUGCAGGGAUAUUGGUCUGCCAUCUUUCUAAGGAGCUCACUCCUAUCUUCAUGAAUAUGUGCUCAGUGCUAGUCUUCCAUCCUCCUACGUUCAUUGAACAGAGAUUGGUGCAGCAAGAAUUAGCUGAGCUAAAAUAAGAAUAAGUGAACAUAAAUACUGCAGGAUUGUUUUGAGACACACAGUUCAGCACUGUGCUUCAAGGUGACAGAAUUGAUACC